CUUGUUUAUUUUCAUUCGUGAUGAGCAUUGUAGACCGCUCAUGAUUUUCUAUUUGUGAAUCCCCGUCACGGGGAUAUUCAGCAGACAUAGGGCGGAUUGUGAGUAAGCAGGCAAAGGUGACCGUCCCGUCUAAAAGCCCUUCAAGCCCCGGGCGAGAUCACAACAGAACGGUCACUUUAAACGACUCCAAAAACACCAUGAACAAUCAUGUGAAUGAUGGAACAGAACAGCAAGAUGUGGAAAUGGACAACGCUUCUAAAGAGGAGGAGGGUAAGGAAGGAGCAGUGGACAGUAACUUGACCACAGUGAAUGGAGACAUACAAGGGACAGGGGCCACCAAUCACCAGGAUGAGGAAGACCAACAGAUGGACGAGGAUGAAAGCAGAUCUGAGGCUACAUUUUCCUUCGUUGUUGACAAUAUCAGUAAGCUGAAGGAGACAACUCUUAGUCCUCCCUGCAUGAUCAGGAAUCUACCAUGGAAAAUCAUGAUAAUGCCAAGGUUUAGUCAAAAUCCAGAGAGACACAACCAGAAAACACUUGGAUUCUUUGUGCAAUGUAAUGGUGACUCAGACUCAGCAUCCUGGUCUUGCAAUGCUUCAGCAACACUGAAAAUACUCAACCACAAUACAGAUGGGGAAAACUUUAGUAGAAAAAUUCAGCAUUCUUUUUACAACAAGGAGAAUGACUGGGGCUACAGUCACUUCAUGGCCUGGAAUGAGCUGAUGGAUACUAGUCGGGGUUUUGUCAAGGAUGACAAGAUUUCACUUGAAGUCUAUGUCAAAGCAGAUGCCCCUCAUGGUGUCAGUUGGGAUUCCAAGAAACACACUGGUUUUGUUGGCUUGAAGAACCAGGGUGCCACUUGCUACAUGAAUUCUCUUCUUCAGACUUUAUACUUCACAAACAGAUUGCGGAAGGCAGUGUACCAGAUGCCAACAGAGAGUGAUGACUCUACAAAGAGUGUACCCCUCGCCCUGCAGAGAGUCUUCUAUGAGCUUCAAUUCAGUGAUAAACCAGUAGGCACAAAGAAACUUACAAAAUCAUUUGGCUGGGAAACAUUUGAUACCUUCAUGCAACAUGAUGUUCAAGAGUUGUGUAGGGUUUUGUUAGAGAAUAUGGAGAGCAAGAUGAAAGGAACUGUAGUGGAUCAAACCAUACCAAGAUUGUUCGAAGGGAAAAUGCUUUCAUACAUUCGCUGCAAACAUGUGAAUUGCAAUUCUCAGAAGAUUGAAGCAUUUUAUGAUAUUCAAUUAAACUUGAAAGGAAAGAAAAAUGUGAUGGAAUCUUUUGAGGACUAUGUAAAAGUGGAGACACUAGAUGGAGAAAAUAAAUAUGAUGCUGGAGAGUUUGGACUUCAGGAGUCUGAAAAAGGUGUUGUAUUUGUCAGUUUCCCUCCAGUCCUCCACUUACACCUACUGCGGUUCAUGUAUGACCCCAUGGCUGAUGCAUACGUCAAGAUCAACGAUAGAUUUGAAUUUCCUGAACGGUUAGAAUUGGACCAAUUUCUACAUGAGAAAGAGAAAACUCCUGCCACUUACAUUCUGCACGCAGUGCUUGUACAUAGUGGAGACAACCAUGGUGGUCACUAUGUUGUAUAUAUUAACCCAAAAUGUGAUGAAAAAUGGUGCAAAUUUGAUGAUGAUGUCGUGUCCAGAUGUACAAAACAAGAGGCCAUCGAUAACAAUUUUGGUGGACAUGAUGAUGAGAUUUCUGUAAAACACUGUACAAAUGCAUAUAUGUUGGUGUAUAUACGAGAGAGUUGUAUAAAUGAGUCUUUACAUGGUAUGAGUGAUUCUGAUAUUCCACAAUGCUUAAUUGAUAGACUAGCAGAAGAAAGACGUAUGGAAGUGCAAAAGAGAAAAGAGAGAACAGAAGCACACUUGUAUAUGAAUGUUCAGGUUGUGACAGAGGACCAUUUUUAUGGUCACCAAGGCAAUGAUCUCAUGGAUCUGGAGAAAGCCAACUUCAGUAGGAAGUUCAAGGUAAAGAAGUCAUCAACACUAUUAGAAUUUAUGGAAAUGCUGGCAGAAAAUCUGAAAUAUCCUGUGAACCAGUUGCGACCAUGGCCGUUCCAAUGCCGACAGAACCAGACUUAUAGACCAACACUUAUAGAUGUGGAGUCAAACCUUCACAAAACGAUACAGGAUGUAGCUGACAAUGAGACUCCAUGGACACUGUUUGUUGAAACACUAAACCCAGAGAGUGGACUUCAGGCUCUCCCUAGUUUUGAUAAAGAAAGUGAUGUGCUCAUCUUUCUGAAGCUGUAUGACCCCAGAUCAAAGACGAUAUCGUACUGUGGUCAUACAUAUGUCCCAAUCUCUGCCAAGACAUCUGAACUGUUACCAGACCUGUGCAGAAGAGCAGGUUUUCCAGUUGGCACACCCUUAUUGUUGUUUGAGGAGGUGAAACCCAACAUGUUGGAGAAGCUGGAGGACUAUGACCUGCCAAUAGAGAAGAUGUUGGAUGAGUUGAUGGAUGGCGACAUCAUUGUGUUCCAGAGAGAUGAAACGGACCUCCAACAAUACCAGCUCCCGUCUGCCAGGGACUACUUCAAAGAUCUGUAUUAUAGAGUAGACGUUACCUUCUGUGAUAAAAUUUUACCAAAUGAUGAAGGCUUUACGCUUGACUUGUCUAUGAGAAUGAACUACGACCAAAUGGCAAAUUCUGUAGCUCAGUACCUUGGGACUGAUCCCUACCUUCUACAGUUCUUCAAGCCACAGAGCUACAGAGAAGGUCCAGGUAAUGCUAUCAGAUGUACGUUUGAGGGCAACUUGAAAGAUCUUCUUCUAUACGCAAAACCAAGGCAGCCUCGGAAACUGUAUUAUCAACAUUUAAACAUUAGAAUUAAUGAACUAGAGAAUAAGAAGCAAUUCAAAUGUACAUGGGUGAAUGGCAAGAUGAAGGAAGAGAAAGAACUAGUCUUAUAUCCAAACAAGAAUGGCAAUGUUGGUGAUCUUCUAGAAGAAGCAAAGAAGCAAGCAGAAUUAUCUGAGGAUAGUUCUGGCAAACUCAGAUUAUUGGAGGUGAUAAGCUACAAAAUCUACACAAUACAGAGGGAGGAAGCCUUUCUUGAUGCCCUCAAUCCUGCUGGUGCCACAAAGAGUUACCGAAUUGAAGAAAUCCCAAAAGAUGAGGUGCGGCUUGGAGAUGAUGAAACUCUUAUUCCAGUAGCACAUUUCCACAAGGAAGUCUUCUCAACAUUCGGUGUGCCAUUCUUACUGAAGAUUAAACAGAAUGAGCCCUUCUCAGCAGUAAAAGAAAGAAUCCAGAACAAAAUGGAUAUUCCAGACAAAGAAUUUGAAAAGUACAAGUUUGCAGUGGUAGUGAUGGGAAGAGUGGAGUACAUAUCAGAUGACGACCAGGAUAUGAGAGUAGAUCUGACCGUGUUCAAACCUCAUGCUAUACAGGGUGCAAAUAUGCAAGCCAGACCAUGGCUUGGUUUGGACCAUAUCAACAAAACACCAAAAAGAUCUAGGUAUGCCUAUCUGGAGAAAGCCAUCAAGAUUCAUAAUUAGAUUUCUGUGUUGGAUUCCAGGUCAUUUUUAUAAUUAUCCACUGCUAUCUAUGGACUUUCAAGAAUUGAAGAAUGCAGACAUUAGAUAGUAGUGAAGCUUGAAAGCAGAAUGCAAUGUUAGCCCUGACAAAGCUUGUGUGGUGUGCUGGUCAUCCACAGAGAGGUGGCCCCAGGAUUGUCCAGGGGAUGUGUAGGGAAGGCAGGCGCCUGGAUUGUCCAGAUGUGUGGGAUGAUCAGGUGUCAGUAAUGUGUUGGGCAAGCAGGCACCAGGAUCGUCAAAGGAAUGAAGGAAAAGAGCCACCCUUAUCCUGUCUCAACUAGCUAAACUAAGGAACAAACAAUCCUGGCCUUACCUGGUAUGAGAUGAGUCCGAGGUUCAGAUGGAAUAUUGUAUGUGACAUGUCGGCACAACAGUAUUUAGACCUACUAAAUACUUGUUAAAUCCUACUAAAUGGAUUUCCCAACUCUUCAGACUCGAGCAUAGCCACAUAUUGAUUUGUGUGGUUUAACACAGAUUUGUAAUUAAGCACUGGUAUUCAGUAAUCUUUGACAGAAUAAAUUCUAUUAAAGAAAAACAAAUUCAUUCCAUUUUAUAAUGAAUUGAUAUUCAAAUGAAAUACUCGUCCCUGUAGCACAUGUAUGUCUCCACCUGUACAUGUACAUCCAAUACACUCGCCUAUACUGUACUGUCAACAUGUACACUUCACAUUUUGAUGACUUGUAAAACCCCUUGAAUAUUGUGAUUAAAAACAUCAGAAUAUGCAAAUGAAACCAAACUUGAUACAAUGUACUUGUUAUAAACCAAUUUGGAUUUAGUUUGCUUCUGCUUUAAGUGACUUCGUGGGAAUAUUAUGGCAAGGUUUGCAAAGAAUUGCAAAGAAUGAACUAUCUAAACAUGUGUAAUAUUUUGUGCAAUACCAGAGUACCAGGCUAACCAAUCUCUUUGUCCAAGUUAGAAUGUGUUCUGUUGUGAUGAUACUGUUUGGUAGUAAGAUUUGUUGUUCUAUGUUUUAAAGAACCUACCUUUUUAUAUAUUUUGAUCAUUGAUGGGAAGGUGAUAAACAGCUUUUUCCUCCUAUUACUUAUUUUCUCCAUUUUUAUACACACAAGUAAAUGUCUUCAAGCUUUAUUAAUCCAAUCCAACACUGGAGUGCUAUUUCCACAAUUCUCUGAAAUAGUUCUGUAAGAUAACUUGUAAUAUAUAGCUAAAUCACAUAGUGGACGCUAAAAGGGCUGCUGAGAAAGUUCUUGGAAGUACAAGUGCUAUUCCAUCCAAACUUUUCAGAUUUCAAGAGAUUGCUAUAAAAUACUUAUGGGCUGUCAAUUUUAUUUUAGAAUUUAAAAUGUAAGAUAGGUUUUGGGUUGAAAUGUCCAAUGGGUGAAUUUUGAGAUAUUGCUGUCAAGUCUUUUAAAACAUGUUUAGUUCAAUAAAUGCAUACCUUUCAGUGAGUGUAUUUUGCAAUUAAAUGAUGAUCAGGAUUUUGUAGAUUCUUCAAGAUUUCAAAUUACCACAUGUUUAAUUGAGCAGUCUGGUAUUUUGAUUACAUUUUCUUUCAAGAAAUAAAGUCAUAUUUGUUUGUGAGACUUGGUCAUACUUGAAUGAAUUAACUUAUUACACAAUGAAACACAAGACACAAUUUCUUGAAAAUGAUAACACCAAAUUGAUAUUGACCUAUGUCAGUAUUAUAUGGGAAAUGUGCCAUAUCUAACAGACGGGGUUUGUGGAGAGGACACUCCUCGUUAUGAAAUAAUGGAUUUUACCUUUUUGCCUUUUCAAUCGAUGUGGUUUUUUUUUUACUACAAUUUGUAAUAAAGUUUACUAGAUUUCUUUUACAUGUUAGGAUUUGCAUUUUUUAUGUUCCUGUCAUGAAAUGGCUGGCUGCAACAUCUAGUACAUGCUACAUUUGUAUGCUCAAAAAAGCACCCUAUUUUGUAUGGUAUAAAUGUGUAAAGUUGCAUUAUAAUGGUCAUUAGAUACAAGGUGUUGGCAGUGUGUCUAACUUGUCUGUGACAUCUAUGUACAUAUGUAUGGUAAAUUUAUUAAUGGCACAUUCUUACAAACACUAAAAGUGAGGAAUUCGAGGAGUUCCACCCAGAUAACAUAGCCUGAAGAAAAAUACAUGGAAUGUUGGUAGAACAUUUUUUUAAAUGCUACUACCAUAAAAACAUGUUCACACGUGUAUUUCUUGGGGGAGAUUUUUCUGUUGUGUGUAAAAGAUUUGAUGGUUUUAUUCAGGAAAGAUUCCAUUUCUGCGAAGUUGUCAUUUUGAAGCAGUAAAUGUGAGCAAUAAAUAUUAAAAUUCGCAAAUUGUCUACACUAUACUUAGUCAAUUCAGCAACAGUCAAUGUCCAGCCCAGACUUAAAUACACUAAAUUGACUUGUACCCCAUGCUCCUAGGAAAACUCAUUUGGUAAUCCACUCAAUAUUUCGAUAGAAGUGAUGCAUUAGUUUUCUGUUUUUGUGAAGAGCUGCUACUCCUUGGCAGAAAUAUUGAUGAAGACAUAACAAUAACCAAUGCAUUUACAAUAAAAAAAGAAGACAUUUGCCAGUAGUAUUUGGAUUUUAGUUCAAUAUAUUCUUUUUCUGAUUUCUGCUGUGCAAGAUAGUAUAUAAGACUACAUGUCUAUAGCAUGCAAAGGUGUUGAAUUCCUACUUUGAAGUAAAUAUAAAUAAGGGUGAGGAGCAUUAUGUUAAUGUGUGGCAUUCUAUCCAAGUAUCAGUAACCAUUGCCAUUAUUACAAAAGUUUUUAAGUUUUUUCUACAGAAGGAUUCUAUAUAUAUUGCAUCUGCCAAUGUAAUCGAUAAGAGAAUUGUAGUUCUGUAAAUGAUUUUAAAGAGGCAUCAUUGAAUUGAUUACUGUAAUGCAGUCUGAAACAAGAUGUUACUGUCAGUAUAACACAUAUUCAUCUCUCGCUGGAAUUUUAAGUGGAUUUAAUUUGAUAGCAGAAUUGACCAUUAUGAAUCCUGAAAAUGCUUUCGAACCAUUGGUACUGAUAACAAGAUAAACACUAAAUAUAUCCCCUUUUUUAAAAUUCUAAUAGAGAAUCAGAAACUUUAUAACGUUGAAUGCACAUGAUGAUUUUAGAUGUGUUACAUGAUUUAUUUCGAUAGUAAUAAGUAAACAUAUUUAAUAGUUGCAUGCUACUUUUAUCUCUGGUUAACCACAAUUUUUCACUGAUAAGCAUUCUUGUAGAUUGUGGCAUUAAAGGUACAGUGUACUUGACCAGAAUUGACUGUCAGCCAUUAAGUACAAACAAGAGUUGUCAGAAGACAAAAUAGCUAAUUGUUUAGUAGUUUGAAAUACAGAAUUACUUUUUUUUAAAGUAGGUCGAAGAUCACUUUCCAGUGUCAGCAGGCUCUCAAAUGUAGUAUCAAUAGAAAGAUAUUAUGACAAAGAACACGCAUGUCAAAUAUAAAAGCUCUUUUUCAUAGGUUGAUAUACUGUGGCCAAGGUUAAAAGUUUCUAAAAGCAGGUCAAAUUUCUUGGUCAAGGUCAGCAAAUGUAUUACCAAUGGAAAGGUCUUGUACCAAGAAACACACGUCAAAUAUGAAAGUCAUGAACCUAUUUAUCCACGGACGCCGUGUAUAGCAAUAGCUCCCCUGAACUUCAUCAAAAUUAAUAGUUAAAACAUUAGUUGACAUGUAUGCAGACAGAAGCAGUAGUUUUCAUUCACUAUGACAUUUGAUAUAUUUUAACUAUUGUGCUGUUCAGUAGAAAAAUGGCUGAUGAAUUAUGCCGAAAAGGAAAACAGAUUCAGUGAUGUCGGCGGUUUCCAGGUAAUUCAUUGCUAUUUGAGGCUUAAACCAGAAAUUUGCAUAAUGGUUAGGCAGCAAUUUGUAAGAGGAUACCUGUGGUAUGAUACAGAUUUCCCAACUUAGUUUCAUAUUUCACAAUUAUUUUGUGUGACAUUGUUCAAAACAAGAACAAUUGAAAAAAUGAUAAAUUAAUGUUGGUAUUAACCACAAUAAACUGUUUAACUUCUAAGAUUUACAUAGAACAUUAAUUUGAUUGCUUUUAUAAUAAAAUUUUGUAGAUAAUGUGAUAAAAAGCAAGUCAUGAAUUUCAUAGAGGUCUCCACAAAUUAGUGAACUUAGUGUAAAAAACCUGUUUGUAUAUGUAAGGCAAAUCACAUCUGCCUGCUUAUAUCUUUCUGCCCUUUGUUGUGCUAGGAUCACAUUAACUUUAGCUCAGCCUGUUGACAAUGUAUAUGAACAAGUGUAUACCCGGUGAUAACUACAACUUCCACUACUGUGUUGUAAUGUUCAAUACAAUACAGAUAGAUGACGCAAAAACAAAAUUUAAUGAGGACAAAUCUGUGUUAUUAAAGUGGUAUUCUACACAAGAUGGAAAAUUUCUGUUUGUACCUUUAAGGAGCUCUUUCUAAUGACUUAAAGCUGUUCAGCAUCAAAAUAUCUUUGUUGUGGUCAGUUUGGACAGGCUGGAAAUACCCAGUCAAUAUAACAUUAGACUGCCAAAAUAUAGCGCAUUGGAGAAUCUGGAAUUGAAGACUUGGUGACUAUGCUGUUCACUUAUGAUUUGUGCUGGGAUCACAAUUUCAUUAGGUUUAUUUCCUGUCGGUUUUAUAAUGUACACAAAUAUUUCAUACUGUUAGGCUUAUACAAUGCCAUUGUUGGAUAACCACGGUGAUUGCUCUAAGCUACGCUAGUAGCAUAGGUAGUCAACCAUGGGUAUCCGAUGAUGUCUUUAAGGGUAAGGAGACCUGGAAUGAUGAAAUGAAGGGAAGAUAGUUUUGGAAAUUUAAAAUGAAAUAUAUUGGAUUUUAUUUUAACAUUUUAGAGUUUUUGUUAAAUAUUUUGUUUUCAUUCUUUGCAAAUACUGUUGUUUAGAUUUAUUGUUAACUUUAAGUUGAAAAAAAUUAUGUUAUUUCAUUUAGUAUUCCAUGUACUGUUGACAUGGAUUUUUUUUCAAUAAAGAAAACCUCAGACAGGUUAUUGAACUUAGACAGGUUAUUGAAGUUCUGUCUAUAGAAUAUUAUGCUUUUCCUAUGUUUCGAUAUUGAAAGAAUAAUGAUUGUGUGUAUUGCUGGAUAUUAAAACUUUUUAUUUUAUAGAAGCAUCCUGAGGCGAUGGGGAGUAAAGUUAGAAGCUUACCCUAUUGAAAAGAAAAGAGCAUACACAUUGUUUCUAUUGGGGGGGGGGGGGGGGGGGGGUUGAAAUAGUUUUUCUUCAGUAUGAACUCUUCACCCAAACCCAAAUUAUGGACAGGUUUCAACAAAGUUUCUUUUUUAGUUGUAAAGUAUGCUUAGGCCCAUUGAAAUCAAGUUAUAAAAAGGACUACCAUUCCUUUCAGAGUUAAGUUGAAAUUGGUUAAUUUGCUUAAAUGACAAACCUUGUGGACAAUUUAUAACCUUCAUGUAUCUAGCUAUGUUGACUUACAGUAAAGUACUGGUGUCAGUAUGUUAUCAUUUUGACAUGGAAUCUUGCAAUGUUGUUACAAUUUUGUGGUACAAUAUAAAGGUCUACAAUUGUUUAGUCAACCUGGUAUGUAAUUAUAUAUGUCAAUCUGGUAUGUAAUUUGUAUGUCAAUCUGUAAGUAGUUUUUUUUGCCUGUUUUUGUUGACUUCUUGGUUAUUUAAUUGAAUGUUAACAAAAGUAGUUGAUUUUGUUAUAAACUUGACAAAAUUUGUUGACUUUAUUUUAAUGACAAUUAAAUCUUGCUUUCCAUAAUGAGAUACUUAAUUACAACAAAUUAACAUCUCAUUACAAGUCAACAUAGUUAAAUACCAUGAAAGGUAUACACUUGUAUUAAAAAUUCGUUGAAAUAUACAAAAAAGUGCAGAUUAUGGUGGCUUGUUGAAAAAAAUUUGGUAUGUCAAUAAAAUGAGCUAUAUUUUGAUUUUCCUUCACAUGCCAUAAGUUUUGACGUUAUUUCAUGGUAUUAUGAUAGCACUGUCUUAUUAUAUGAUUGGUUAUAGCAUCUCUUUAUAUCAAUGGAACCUAAAGACUUACUCUGCACAGACAAGCAUUUUAAUUGAAAAUAUUUUAUUUCAAUAUGAGAAACCAAUGUCUUUAGUAAUGUGAAAUAGUUCAAUACUGUCUUUCUCCACCAAGUCUGCAGUAUUAUAAAUAGUUCAAUACUGUCUUUCUCCACCAAAUCUGCAGUAUUAUAAAUAGUUUAAUACUGUCUUUCUCCACCAAAUCUGCAGUAUUAUAAAGUGCUAUUCUAUGCAUGUAAUGAAGCUAGUCCUCGUGGGUCUGGUGGUGAUAUUUAUACAGUAGCUGUGCAGGUCAUUGUAAUGCUUGUAUGUGUUGUAUAUAUCAGGGAAGAUGGGAAUUACAUGGAAUAUUAAUUGGAAUUUUAAUUCACUAAGAAGACUUGCAUCAUAAUGCUAAGAUAACUGCUGUUAAUUGGAGUACCAAGUCUUUGAUCACAGGUGCUAGCCUCAUCUGUCAAAACACCAAAUAUACAAUCUUACAUAUAUGUAUACUUGUAUGUAUUUGGUGAAUAGACAGACAGAAUGAGUUACCUGUGCUUUGGUGUUGUUUACUGACAGUUGUCUCCAGUCAGUUGUGUGGACCACCAGUGUGUGGACUCACUACACAUCCCUUUUCAGAUGAUGAGUGUGUACACUUCAAUCUGUAUGUAUUUCUAGUGUACUUAGCAAUAGAGAUACAUCAGUGCUGGUCUUAAUCUGUAUGUAUGUUUAUAUUGUAUACUUCAAUACAUCAGCUUUGAUAACUUGUGUACAUAUUCACACAAUGCAAUAAAGCCUGUCACAGUAUGAAGCAGUUAUCAAUAUUAUCAAAAUCAAAUAUGUGCUGAUCGUUUUGUAUUAUUAUAUGUGAAAUAGUUUUAACUUCUUUCCAUUUCUGUAAGUUUAUAAACAGACUGGCGUUUCUCUCCAUUUUACGUGUUGUCAUGACAAUGCAUGAGUCUUCAUGUUCUGUACAGUCAACAAUGGCUGCUAGAUAUGUUAAAUCAUCAACAAUAAAAUUAAAACAUGCACAU